AUGGCUGCCGCUGCUGUCCUCCUUCCUCCAGUCACCCCGCCCACCUACCACCGCAUCGUCUCACCGACCCUCCAGGUGCCCUCCGACAACAAGGUCUCCAUCCCCGUCGGACUGCUCGCGUGCCAGCGCGAUCCGCUUCUGCGUGAACUCGCUACAACCGUAGUGAGCGCGACAGUCUCUCAGGCACCUACACCGCCCUCCAACGGACGGAAGAGCAAGAAGGAGAAGGCGCCUCCUGCUCCGUCCGAACCUCUUAUCGAAGUCAUCCUACACGACACCGUCAUAUUCCCUGAAGGCGGUGGGCAGCCCUCCGAUGUCGGUCUCCUCACAAGCUCAGACGGCGAUGUGUGGGACGUCAUCGAAGUCAAACGACACGGAGGUCAUGCCGUGCACUAUGUCAGGUCGAAGGAUCAAAGUGCUGAUGCUGCGCUGCUCGCGUUUUCCCCCGGCGCAAGGGUCGGCGUUGCACUGGGAGAAGACGGCUGGAAACGCCGACUUGACCACACGUGCAUGCACACGUCGCAGCACUUGCUCUCAGCGGUGCUGGACUCGCGCAACAUACCCACGCUCUCGUGGUCGCUCACGGCAUGGCCCACGCCAAGCUACGUCGAGAUAUCUCGCAGCAUGAGCACGGACGAGAUCGCAUCCGUGCAGGAGGAGGCCAACCGGCUCGUCUUCGAGGGCCGCAGCGUGCACGUCGAGCCCCGAACAAGAAACGCUCCAAAACGGGCGCAACAUCGGGAAGGCCCUCCCCGCGACUACACCGGCGGCAUCAUGCGUACCGUGAUCAUCGACGGCGUCGACCGCAGUCCCUGCUGCGGCACGCACAUGCCCACCAUCCACAACCUCCAGCUCUUCGUCGUCCCGCACACGGAGUCGCUCGCGCGCGCGAGCACGACCUCCGCACGGCUCUACUUCUUCGCGGGCCCGCGGCUGCUGCACCACCUCGGCACCACGCAUGCGCUCCUCGCGCACACCGCGGGCACGCUCAGCUGCGGGCCGUCGCAGGUCCCCGAGCGCGUCGUGCAGGUCGUGGAGGAGCGCAAGCGCGGGACGAGGCGCGCGGAGGACGUCGAGGCCGAGCUUGCGGGGCUGCUCGCGAGGGACCUCGUUGGCGCGGUGGUGGGUGCGGGGAGCGAGGGGCCUGCUGUGCAUAGACAUCGGACGGACGACGCGGCGAACCCGCUGGCGUUCUUGAAUGCGAUCUCGAUGGCAUUUGCGAAGGAAGUCGCUGCGCGUGCGGACGUGCCGCCGUACCUCGUCGUGCUCUCGUCGUCGCCCUCUGUGCAGACGGCGACGAGCACGAGCGUGGUGCUCGUGUUCGGCUCGGACGAGGGGAAGGUGAAGGAGGCGGGGGACGCGCUCAAGGCGAAGCUGAACGUCAAGGGCGGCGGCAAGGGUCGCUGGAGCGGCAAGUUCACUGGCGUGUGGCGGGAGAAGGAGAGCAAGCUGGUCGAGGAGGCCCUCGCUGCCUUACGGAUUGCGGGCGGGAAUGCAUGAUGGAAUAGCCAAUAUUGCUGUAGAAUACAAACAGAACUAUGGAUGAUGGCAACCUAGUGGGACAGACCGAUGCUUGUGGUAUAUACAAUACGAUGAAUAAUUGACUCCGUGUUUUGAUC